AGCUGCUCUGCUCUCAUGUCUCCCCGGGUCUCCUUGCUGGUUUUCGGCACAACAAAUUCUGCAGUUCUCUGACAGUCUGCUCUUUCGGCGUGUCUUUCCCCAGUCAGAAGAGAUGAUCUGGUUCUGGUUCAAAGCGGCGGUUAUACUCUGGCUCGUCCCCGGGUCUCUGGGAACCGCAGCCCGGCUGUACACAGAGGAAGACCCGCUGGUGAUCCUGAGUAGCAGCAGCCUGAAGCCCAGCGUCAUUAACUCGUCCUCGGCCUGGCUGGUCCAGUUUUUCUCCUCUUGGUGUGGACACUGCAUCCAGUACUCCAGCACAUGGAAGGCUCUGGCCCAGGAUGUCAAAGACUGGCAGCAGGCGGUCAGUGUGGCGGUGUUGGACUGCGCUCAAGAGGAAAACUUUGACAUCUGUAAAGAGUUCAGCAUCAAGUUCUACCCGACAUUCAAAUAUUUUCGGGCUCACAGUCCAGUGACAGAAAGAGGGACGCCAUACAGAGGUGCAGACAGAGAGAUCCAGUCAGUAAGACAGUUGAUGGUGAACAUCCUGCAGAACCACACCAAGCUGGACCGGCCUGAUCACUGUCCUCCACUGGAACCGUACAGCUCUGUGGAGCUGCUCCCUCUGGUGGGUCAAAGGUCAGAUCACUACACCGCCAUCAUCAUAGAGGAACCAGACUCCUUCGUAGGACGAGAGGUGAUCUUGGACCUGCUGCAGUACUCAGGUGUGGAGGUAAAGAGAGCUCUGAGCUCUGAUCUCCCUCUGCUGGAUGCACUGGAGAUCACAACCUUCCCCUCUGUUUACCUGCUGCACCCGAACGGAACACGCACACACCUGCAUGUUCAGAAGCGGUUGCGUUUCUUCUUCUCUUCCUUGUUGAGGACGUUACCAGGAGUUCAGCGCAAGUUGAAGUUGGGCAGCAGCAGUACCAGUGAAAGCCAGAUGGGGGCACUGUCAGACAAACACAGCACCGAGCCCUGGAGAGACUUCGACAGGUCAAAGGUGUACGCGGCUGAUCUGGAGUCAGCCCUCCACUACCUGCUGAGAGUCGAGCUGGCUACCCAUAAUACCCUGGAGGGGGAGGAGUUGAAGAUCUUUAAGGACUUUGUCACUUUGGUCGCAAAGUUGUAUCCAGGUGGGGGUUCUGUAGUGAAGCUGAUGGAGACUCUCUCUGAUUGGCUGCUUAGUCUGCCGCUACCGCAAAUCCCCUACCAGGCUGUCCUGGACCUUGUGGACAACAAGAUGAAGAUCUCAGGCGUGUUCCUGGGGGCGGAGCUUCGCUGGGUUGGUUGCCAGGGCAGCAGGGUGGGGCUUCGAGGUUACCCAUGUUCCCUCUGGACUCUGUUUCACGUCCUGACCGUCCAACAUGAUGCCACGCCCACUGCACUGGAGAACACAGGUCUGGAGGGCGAGGCGGCUCCAGUGCUGCAGGUGAUGCGUCGGUAUAUCCGGACGUUCUUUGGCUGCGAGGAGUGCGGUCGACACUUUGAACAAGCAGCUGCUGUCAGUAUGAAGCAAGUCCAGAACCGAGAAGACCAGAUCCUCUGGCUGUGGAACCAACACAACAUGGUCAACUACCGACUGGCUGGCUCUCUGAGUGAUGACCCCCUCUUCCCUAAAGCGCCGUGGCCGAGCCCCUCCCUCUGCUCCUCCUGCCACGAGGAGAAAAAUGGCGUCCACGUCUGGAACCAUAGCAACGUACUCUUCUUCCUCAGACAACACUAUGGAGCGUCCAACAUAUCCCCUAAAUACUCGCUGACUCCACCACAACUUCCUGCACCUCCACCAGGUACUGAUCCUGUCCAGACCAGCCAGCCUCAGGAGGAGCACCAUGGAGGAGGAGGAGGAGGAGGAGGAGGAGGAGAGAGGAAGGAGGAGGAGGAGAAAUCUGUGAAGCAGCCAGAGCCUCAACCAGGACACCAGGCUCUGAAGGAAGAGGUUCUGGGAGGUGGAGGAGGAGGAGGAGGAGGAGGAGGAGGUGGAGGAGGUGUGUGGAUUCUUGGUCUGGGUUUCAACAGCGUGGACAUGAGUCUGUGUGUGGUGCUCUACGUCUGCUCCUGCCUUUUCCUCAUGCUCCUUUUCUUCUUCUUCAAAGUCCGAUCCAGGAGAUGGAAACUCCGACACUCCCGCCUCCACGUCUGACCAGAGCAGUUUAACCCAGACCAAACCAUUUUAACCCAGACCAGACCCUUUUAACCUAUACCAGCCCUUUUUUAACAAGGACCAGACCAUUUUUACCCGGACCAGACCAAUUUAACCAGGAUCAGACUGGUUUAUGGAGGUUAAAGUGUGUAUCUAUGGUCCUGUUCUGGACUCUGUGGGUCUCUCUGGGCACCGGUUUUAAGAGGCAGUCCACCCAAACAAUAGAACAAUGUCCCCUGGUUGUACCUGUAGCCGGUAGACCUCUGGCGGGCCAGGUAUAUGUUCACCUGUGUGUCAGACCUGGAUGGUCCCAAAGAGGGACAUGAUGGGAGACCAGUCAGCACACUGGGACUGAACUGGACCAGACUGGUUCUUCUGAGUUCACUUUGUGCCAAAUGUUUUAACCUGCUGACAGGCGGCAAACCUUUCUUCUAAGGCCACGCCUCCAUCUACACAAACACUGGUGUGUGUGUGUGUGUGUGUGUGUGUGUGUGUGUGUGUGUGUGUGUGUGUGUUUUGUGUGUGUGUGUGUGUGGUGUGUGUGUGUGUGUGUUUGUGUUGUGUGUGUGUGGUUGUGUGUGUGAGUGAGACUGUUUCUCUAAACUUAGACCCAUAGACCCGUCCUGAUGAAUUAUUGUCUGUGCAGACAAACUGACUGAUUGAUUGGAAGUAUUAUAAUAAUUAUCCUGCAGUUGUGGUGACUGCUGGCUUUUGAUUUUAAACACAAACUGCCAACAUUUAUAAAAGUUUGGAUUCGUACAAAUUACUUGGUGAAUUAAAUAUGAGAAACUGAGCAGAACACUAGAUCGAAAGUGUGUUCAUACAAAUAUAUAUACACACAUAUGUAUACAUAUUUAUAUAUUAUAUAUGUGGGUGUGUAUAUACUGUAUGUAGUUAUUUUUUAGCUGUUUUCUUUAAACAAUUGAAAUCAAAUUCUGGAUUUGAGUCAAAUAAUGAAAUAAAUCUCGAAACCUGAUAACCCAUCAGCUGAUGAACAUAUUAAAGUCUCUUAAAUCUGGUUAUUGACAAAAUAUGUCCCACUCUGUAAUAUAUAACAGAACAGUUCAAACAUUAGUAUCAACUUUAAACAAAAAGACAACAAAUGUUACUAAAAAACAACUGUGCGUGUGUGUGCGCGUGUGUGUGUGUGCGCGCGUGUGUGCGUGUGUGUGCGUGCGCGCGCAAGAGAGAGAGAGAGAGAGAGAGAGAGAGAGAGAAUGUCACUGAUUCACCUGUAUGCUCUACUUUAUUCAUGAUUUACUCUUCUGCUGUUAUUUAAACUCCUAAACAAGAAAAGGAGAUAGAAAUAAACAAAUGGGGAGUAAAAAGCUAAAAUAUUAAUACAAUAAUAUAAUUAUUAUAUUCACAAUGACGUCAGUUUCAGAGGCUCCUCUGUAAAUAAUCCUAAACAAAGCACAAAUCCCUGAAUUUAAAUAAUUUCUACCAGUUCAUGCCUUGAAUUUAAAACAACAUUGAAGUUUCUAGAGAAGAACAGCCGUAGUAAUCCUCAGUGGAAACUCUUUAUAGAGAAUACAUGAAGAAGUAUUAAACAUGUGUUUUCAAACCAUGAACCCUCAUGGACAGUGAUGUCACUCAGCGACGUAAUGAGCCAGCUGAUGAUGUGACAUCACUACAGAAAGUUUACAAGAAACAGAUGUGAUAAAGGUCAUGUAACAGGUUUUACAAUAAGGUCAUUAAGUCCCAUGUUGAAUAUAUUUUAACUUUGGAAUCCAUUAAAAAUGGUCUAUUUUUUACCCAGAAAUGAAAUUACCAAGCAGAAUUAUAAAUUAAAAGAGAAUAGGGCAAGUGCUGAGUAGAAUGAUACUGUGGUUAAAUGUCAACAUGAGAAAUAGUUUAAUUUCAAUUGUGAAUAGCUGUAUUUAUAAGUAAUUUGCAAGUUAGCAUUUCUUUUUCUUUUUUAAAUCUGGUAAAUUGCUAAAAUUUAAACAUUUCAAUUAAAACAAAAACAUAAAGAAAUGAUUUAAUUAAGUUUUCAGUUUUUGAUUUCAGGUUUAAAAUUUUUACUUUCCAUUAUUAAAUUGACAUUUUCAUGAAAAACAAUUUCCUUUUUUAGAGCUUCUUUUUUACAUUUGUGUUAAACUAGUAUUGAGACAUGCAGUAAAAUCUUAUGUUUUCCUGACGUUUUCGGUUUGAUUUUAUUAAUUUUCUCUUAAGUAUUAACUCUCAAUAUUACUUAUUCUAAUGUUUUGAAAUUUAAUUUUAACAGAUGUAUUUUCUGGCUGGAAUGUUCCUUCAUAAUUGGAUGUGCGGUGAACAGUUUGUGAUUCUCAGUGUUUUAUUUAUUUAGUAGCGUUUUUUAUUUUCUGCUGGAGAUAUUCAUGACAGAGCAAUGAGUCAGGAGCUGCUGCAGUAGAUUCCUUCAACGAUCCCCCUGAUAAAACCUGUUCGGGAAAACCUCCUGAAACCUUAUUGAUGUAUUUAUCUGCUGACGCCUGAACGCACCGUCCAACCGCCUCACAGCUUUUGUUGUCUGCUUCUUUUUACUCUCUGUUCUAAUUUAUUAUUUCAAUGAGAUGUAAAUAAUCCGUCUGAAUAAAUCAUGUUGCAGCUCA